AUGAACUUUGUAGCGGAGCUAGAGCUAGAGCGUAAUUACAAUAAUGGGAAGGCAAAUGUAGAAGAGUUGGAGAGACUCGGGUGUAAUGUGGUCUUUGGGGUUAACGUCCACUCUAUGACCAUAAAGCCUAACCUUGGUGGUUCUGCCACAUACGAUAGAGUCAUUUUCAAUUUCCCUCACGCUGGAUUCGAUUAUGGUCGCGAGCACGAAAUCAAAACAAUCAUGAGGCAUCAAGAACUUUUAAGAGGUUUUAUGAAGAGUGCAAGAAUGUUGGUGAAGGACGAAGACAAGGGAGGAGAGAUUCAUGUGGUUCAUAAGACUGAAUAUCCAUUUAGCGAGUGGAAGCUAAAAGCUCUCGGUGAGAAAGAAGGUUUAGAUUUGGUCAGUGAGAUCGAGUUUUGCUUAAAUCAUUAUCCUGGUUAUUCCAACAAGAGAGGAAGUAGAGGUUACAAUGACUCUAGCUUCCCUAUUGGAAAAUCAUGUACCUUCAUAUUUAAGAAGCAGUUCUUUUAUUAA